CUCGUGGGCGCCUUCUGCUUCUCCUGGUCUUUUCACUCUCGGUCUGUCUCUGUUCUUCUGCUAGCUGCUCUUGACAAUGAAGGUCCCUACCUUCCUCAAGGCAGCCUCGCUGCUAGCCCCUCUCCUUGCUGAAGCACAAACCACUGGCGAUGUGUAUACUCACCCAAAGACCGGUAUCAAAUUCUACCGGACCACUGUCGAUUCCGCUCAGACAUCUGGUGGAUUCCAGUGGGGAUACGCAUUGCCAGGAACUGCAGGUGGAACCAAUGACGAGUACUUUGGUCUUCUUGUCGGAGCAUUGCAAACUGGCCGCAAGGGGUGGUCAGGUGUCAGUCAUGGCGGAGGGAUGCCCAACUCUCUCUUACUGAUGGCCUGGCCCGAAGGUGAUAAUGUUAAGACAAAAUUUGUCUAUGCAGGCGGUUACGUUACUCCAGACGACUACACCGGGAAUGCAACCCUGACGCAGGUUUCGCAUUCCAUUAACGACACACAUUUCGAAUUGGUAUACAGAUGCCAAUGGUGUUGGGCAUGGAAUCAAAAGGGUGCUGAAGGCUCCCAAUAUCCCACUUCAGAAGUUCAAGUCAUUGGUUGGGCCCAGCACAAGGAUGUACCUUCGAACCCUAUCACCUUUCACAACAAUGGACAAUCGCAAUUUGGGGCCCCCGUUGCAAGCGCUAGAAACGCAGCAUACUCCCAAUGGGUUGCCUCGUUCGGAGGUAACACAACAACUCCCACACCUACUCCCUCCUCAACCCCUACACCUACGGCCCCAACAGCCUGUGUUGGGACUCCUGCACCUACUGGAUCGUAUGACUACAUCGUUGUCGGUGCUGGGGCUGGUGGUAUCCCCGUGGCAGACAAACUCUCUGAGAGUGGCAAGAGCGUUCUUUUGAUUGAGAAGGGCCCUCCAUCAUCUGGACGAUAUAACGGAACUAUGAAACCAGACUGGCUCAAGGCCACCAAUCUUACCCGCUUUGACGUCCCUGGACUUUGCAACGAGAUCUGGGUUGAUUCAGCCGGCAUUGCUUGUACAGAUAUUGAUCAGAUGGCUGGUUGCGUACUUGGUGGAGGUACUGCCGUCAAUGCUGCCCUCUGGUGGAAAGCAAACCCAGUUGACUGGGACGCUAACUUCCCUGCUGGCUGGAAAGCUGCUGAUAUGAAGGCCGCAACCGAACGUGUUUUCUCGCGCAUUCCUGGCACUGAUCACCCGUCUAUGGACGGCAAGCUCUACAAACAGGAGGGCUUCAAUGUUAUUUCCACCGCCCUGGCCGCAGACGGCUGGAAGUCAAUUACCGCGAACAAUGUCCCAGGAGAGAAGAACAGAACUUUUGCGCACACUCCGUAUAUGUAUUCUGGUGGUGAGCGUGGUGGUCCAAUGGCUACGUACCUCGUCAGCGCCACCAACAGGAAGAACUUCAAGCUAUGGAUGAAUACUGCUGUCAGGCGAGUUGUCCGAACCGGUGGCAAAGCCACUGGGGUUGAACUUGAUGGCGGUAAUGGAGGAUACUGCGGCACUGUGAACCUCAACCCCGGUGGCCGUGUCAUUCUCUCUGCCGGCACAUUUGGCUCAACCAAGCUCCUCUUCCGGAGCGGCAUUGGGCCAAAGGACCAGCUCCAAAUCGUCAAGAACAGCGUACAGGACGGACCGAGUAUGAUCAAUAGCACUGAAUGGAUCAACCUCCCGGUGGGACAGAACCUGAACGACCACGUCAACACCGAUACCGUCCUUAGGCACCCCAAUGUCUCGUUCUAUGACUUUUACGCCGCUUUCAACGACCCCAUUGUUUCUGAUAAGGAGGCCUACCUCAACAGCCGUUCUGGUAUUCUCGCUCAGUCUGCUCCUAACAUUGGUCCCAUGUUCUGGGAAGUCAUUAAAGGUUCUGAUGGAAUUGAGCGUUCUCUUCAGUGGACAGCUCGUGUGGAACCUUCCCCACCUGCGACCGAUAAUACUUCCAUGACGUUGAGCCAGUACCUUGGUCGCGGUUCAACCUCGCGUGGUGUUCUUUCCAUCAAUGGGGCUUUGAGCAUGUACGUCUCAAAGGCGCCAUAUCUAAACACCAAGGAGGAUCUCGAAGUCGUUAUUCAAGGUAUUAAGAACCUCCAAAAGGCCAUUGCCAAGGUUCCCGAUAUUGUCUGGGAAGUCCCUGGUCCAAACGUCACGGUCGAGGACUACGUUAAGAGCCUUCCUCUGACACCGGCUGCUCGCCGCGCUAACCACUGGAUUGGUACGGCAAAGAUUGGUACGGAUAGUGGUCUGACCGGCGGAUCCAGUGUUGUGGACACCAAUACCCAGGUCUACGGUACUCAGAACAUCCAUGUGGUUGAUGCUUCGAUUUUCCCCGGCCAUAUUACCACCAACCCAUCUGCUUACAUUGUGGUUGUGGGUGAGCAAGCCGCAGCUAAGAUCGCUGCGCUGGGUGCUUCCAAGCCCGGUGGUGGCGGAGGAGGAGCUGGGGGUGAGCAAACUGCUGGAGCGGUACGUUAUUGAGCACUUUCUAAAAACAAGAACAUGGGUGUUUGGCGUUGAAAGUCCCGUGGUGUCGUUGAUAACCUGGUCGUACGAACAAAGUUUCCGCCGUUACACACUCACUAGGCAUGAGCCUCCACACACUGUUGCACAAAGACAACAAAAUUAAAAAGAAAUGGGGCUGAUAUGUUGUAUUGUAGAAUCAGCAGUGCGGUGGCAAAGGCUAUACUGGCCCGACUGAGUGUGUGACCGGCUACAAAUGCAAAAAACUUAGCUCUAAGCUCAGCAAAUGCCUAC